AUGGCGGGCAAGGCGCCUCAUAUCAGUGAGGUGCCCAUCACGUGGCGGAACUGGUACCAGCAUCUCAAUUGGCUGAAUGUCUUUUUUGUCAUCGUUGUCCCUGUCUUGGGCUUCCUUGGGGCGAUCAGGACGCCCUUGCACCCCUAUACUGCCAUCUUUGCUGCUGUGUACUACUUCAACACUGCACUUGGGAUCACCGCGGGCUAUCAUCGGCUCUGGUCUCACACAUGUUACAAGGCAAAGCCGCUACUUCAGGUCUACCUAGCUGCCGUUGGUGCUGGUGCAGUUCAAGGGUCCAUCAGGGCUUGGUCACGAGAUCAUACCGAGAAGGACCCCUACUCGGUCCGCAAGGGUCUCCUACACUCUCAUCUGGGCUGGAUGAUCUUCAAACAAGACCCCAAAAAGCUCGGUCGAGCCGACAUGACCGAUCUCAAUCAGAACCAAAUCGUGAUGUGGCAACAUCGGAACUACCUACCAGCUGUGAUCAUAAUGGCUUGGGCCCUUCCGGCUCUGGUGUGCGGUCUGUGGGGCGACCAGAUGGGCGGCUUCAUCUACGCCGGCAUCCUGCGGUGCUUCUUCCUCCAACAGGCCACGUUCUGCGUGAACUCGCUCGCCCACUGGAUCGGGGAGCAGCCAUUCGACGACCGCCGCUCGCCCCGUGACCACUUCCUGACCGCUGUGGUCACCCUGGGCGAGGGUUAUCACAACUUCCACCACGAGUUCCCUUCGGACUACCGAAACGCCAUCGAAUGGUGGCAGUACGACCCCACGAAGUGGAUGAUCUGGCUGUGGAAACAGGUCGGGCUCGCCGGCGACCUCAAGCGCUUCCGCCGGAACGAGAUCGAGAAGGGCCGCAUCCAGCAGCUCCAGAAGGCGCUGGACCGGAGGCGCAGCCAGUGCGAUUGGGGCCUCCCGCUGGAGCAGCUGCCCAUCAUGUCCUGGGAUGACUUCGUGGAGGAGACCCGGGUGAAUGGAAAGGCCCUGCUGGUUGUGGCUGGUGUUAUACACGAUGCCGCAGAUUUUGUCCAUGAACACCCGGGUGGCAGGUCUCUGCUUGCUGGGUAUAUCGGCAAAGACGCAACUGCCGCAUUCAAUGGUGGCGUUUAUGACCACUCCAAUGCGGCACACAAUCUGCUGGCGACCAUGCGAGUUGGUGUUCUGCGCGGUGGGUGCGAGGUGGAAAUAUGGAAGCGUAAGGGCUCCGAGAGAAGUUUUGUCCCGGAGGACGACAUCUAUACACAUGUGGACACUCAAUAG